UGACACAAACGGUUUAACUCUCUGUAGAAACACGCGAGUCACGUCGUGGGUGAAAGUGAGGAGAAUGAAUGUAGUCUGUACUGUUAUUCAGGGCCAAAGUCUGCAGCUCGAGGGAAGUUAACGGAACUGACGGUUUUUCUGAUCUUCCUGGAGAUUCAGGAAAGCGGCUCUCAGAUGGUCACGUGAUAGGUAUCCGGCAAGGUUGUCAUGGCGAGUUGUCUCGGGGAGAGCGGUGACGGGCUGACUUUCUGGUUGGCCGAGGAGAAGGACUACGAUGAUGUCAUGGACAUUUCUGACGGCAUCUAUGGAGGUAAUGACUACCUUCCUCGUCGCUACCACUCCUGGAUGACUGAGCCAGGUAGAGUGGUCAUGCUGGCCAGGCGGGGAAACAAACUGGUGGCGCUGGAGUCGGGUCUGCUGGUUGACGAUGGCUGUACGGUGGUGGUGGAGGGCCUGAGGGUGUGUCCUAGCGAGAGGGGGCGGGGCGUGGCGGGGGUCAUCCAGCGGUUUCUAGACGACUAUCUACAGAAGCUCCACCCCUCCAUCCAGGUCAAGAGACUGACCAGGGGGGUCAACCCCGGGGAGCAGAGACUGGCUAAGUUCACCCUGCUGGCUAAACGGGUGAGUUUGUGUGCGCAUAAGGAUAUGUGUGUGUACACGUGUGUUUAAAACAGACACGGAUGCCCACAUGCACACACACACACACACACGCCUCAUGCUUCACAGACUCCCAUUCAUCGACAAUAUCCGUUACUGAAUGUCGAACAAUGCGACAACUGCCACAAUGGAGCUCUUAAUUAAACUGUCAAGUAAAUCUUAUGAAGACGGG